AUGGCAGUCAAUGGUACUUCGACGGCCCAAUUUGACUCGACUUCAACAAUCCCCUUUUGGCGAGACGGCCAACAACAAACGAGCCCCUUGACGUUUGACGUUCUUUCCCCACUGGAUAAUGAAUUUCUGUAUAAAGCAUCAGCAGCUGAUCAAGAAUACGUAGAGGCUGCGAUUGAGUCUGCUCGACAAGCUUUCCCACUGUGGUCAUCAACCAGACCCGCUGCUCGGAGAGCGAUCUUUCUUCGAGCAGCAGAGCUAUUCAGGCAGCGACAGAGUGAGCUUAAGGGAUAUAGUUUCCGUGAGACAGGUCAAGCUUCAGACUUCCACAACUUUGAAUACGGAGCUACUGUAGACAUAUGUGAGAGUAUAGCAGGAUUGAUCCAGCCAGCUUCUGAAUCAGCCUCCCCUGUGAUAAACGAUGGCAGCGCACUGCUCGUCAAAGAGCCUUAUGGUGUUGUUCUAGCUAUUUCACCAUGGAAUGCACCAUAUGUCCUUGGUUUACGAGCCGUCUUAACACCACUUGCCAUGGGAAACACCGUCAUCUUCAAAGGCCCCGAAGCCGCACCAGCAACUUCAUGGGCUAUUGCAGAUGUUUUGCAUAAGGCAGGCUUGCCAGCAGGAUGUCUCAACACUAUUUAUCACCGGCCCUCCGAUGCUUCCAUCAUUACUUCGACUUUAAUUGCGCACCCUGCGAUUAGGAAGAUCAAUUUUACUGGGUCCACCCGUGUAGGGGGCAUUCUUGGCUCCCUUGCAGGAAGGUAUCUUAAACCAGUGGUCUUGGAACUUGGUGGGAAAGCAUCAGCUAUUAUCUGCGACGAUGCGAACAUUGAAAAUGCAGCACUACAGUGCGCGGUAGGAGCUUUCCUCCACGCAGGACAAAUCUGCAUGUCGACCGAGAGGAUUAUCGUGAACGCGAAAGUGGUCGACUCUUUCCGGGCAGCUUUCAAGACAGCGACAAGUAAAAUUUACUCAGAGCAGGGCCAGGGGACAUCUGGUCAACUUUUCUCGUCAUUUUCGGUGCAAAACAACAAGAAACUUAUCGAUGAUGCUAUUUCGAAAGGCGGAUCUGCUCUCUACGGAGACCCUACUCAUGUCGAAACUAGUUCGACAAAAAUGCGCCCGGUUGCCCUUGAAUUUGUUGACUCUUCUAUGGAUAUAUACUACAAGGAGUCUUUUGGGCCUACCGUCUCGGUCAUUGUCGUUGAUUCUGAUGAUGAAGCUGUGGCAGUUGCUAACGACACCGAGUACGGAUUGUCCUCAGCCGUUUUCACUGAAGACCUGCGUCGUGGUCUACACAUUGCAAGGCAGAUACAAAGUGGUGCCGUCCAUAUCAAUGCCAUGACUGUCCAUGACGAAAGCAUGUUACCGCACGGAGGCUUCAAGAAUUCUGGUUUUGGAAGAUUCAAUGGUCUCGACGGCUUGAGGGAGUGGGUCCAGACUAAGGUCAUCACAUGGAAAAAUUGA